UCUGACUCUCCUGGCAUGGAGGGGUUGGCUGCAAAUGCCCCCUGCACACACUUGGAGGCCAACAGACCUACUCAGAGCCACUGUCAAAACUGCUUCCACCCUGAGGAGGCCCACAGAGCCGGGCACCAGCAGCCCCGGAGCCCUCCGCGUGCCGAGGCACCCUACUGCGACCUGCCUCGCCGCCCACCUGCACCUGAGGACCUGUUUGGCACCUUGACCUCCUGCUGCCAGUCUGUAGUGGGCGUGGGCCUCGGGCUGGGGCCUGAGAGGGGCCCGUCAGCAGGGCACCCUGAAGAAGUCCCCACAGCCAUCCCCAGGCGCAGGAGCCAGGAACUUGAGGCAGUGCCCUACCUGGAGGGCCUGACUGCCUCCCCGAGUGGCAGCCGCAACGAGGGCCCCGACGUUGCCACCAGCUCCAGUCUUGACUGUGACACCCCUGAUGACACCAGCAGCUCGUCCUCUGUGGACUGGGACCCUGACGAGAGGCAGGAGGAGGCCCCCACGUCCAAAGAGCUCCCCGUGAUGAUCCCACGGAGGCCCCAGGAGGGGCCUAGAGCUGACAGCCCCCGAAGGGCUCCGUCUGUCCUCGCCAGAUCUGCUGGGGGAGGUGACACCACAGGCCAGAGAAAGGAGGACACUGGCCCUGGGCGCCAGAGUCCUGGACAGCACUGGGCAAAGCUCCGGGGAGAAAGCGGGUACUUCUCCUUGGGGCGGCACCGAGCAGCGCCAACCCAGGCUGCCUCCACAGCACCACAGAGUGGACCUCGAAGUGCCACCCCCCAGGCUCCCUCUCCCCUUCGCUCUGCCCAACGGGACGUUGCUCAGGUGGCAUCUACACAAAAGGACAACCCCCAAGCCUCCUCUCCCCCUCGAACCACUCAACAGGACAACUCCAGAACCUCAUCCACACAAUGGGACACCCCAAGAGCUUCCUCUCCCUCAAGAACCUCCCGGUGGGAUAAUCCCCAAACCUCUUCCACUCAACGAAACAAUCCUCGAGUUUCCUCUCCCCCCAGAACCACCCAACAAGACAAGCCCCAGACUGCCUCUCCUUCUCAUACUCCCCAAUGGGAAAACCCCAGAACACCCUGUAGCCAACAUGAAAAUCCCAGAGCCUCUUCUUCCAACCGAGCCACCCAGCGGGACAACUCCAGAACAUCCUGUGCCCAACAUGACAAUCCCAGAGCCUCCUCUCCAAACAGAGCCACCCAACGGGACAACCCCAAAACAUCCUGUGCCCAACGGGACAAUCCCAGAGCCUCCUCUCCAAACAGAGCCACCCAACGGGACAACCCCAGAACAUCCUGUGCCCAACGGGACAAUCCCAGAGCCUCCUCUCUCAACCGAAUCACCCAGCAGGACAACCCCAGAACAUCCUGUGCCCAAUGUGACAAUCCCAGAGCCUCCUCUCCAAACAGAGCCACCCAAUGGGACAACCCCAAAACAUCCUGUGCCCAACGGGACAAUCCUAGAGCCUCCUCUCCAAACAGAGCCACCCAACAGGACAACCCCAAAACAUCCUGUGCCCAAUGGGCCAAUCCUAGAGCCUCCUCUCCAAACAGAGCCACCCAACGGGACAACCCCAAAACAUCCUGUGCCCAAUGGGACAAUCCCAGAGCCUCCUCUCUCAACCGAAUCACCCAGCAGGACAACCCCAGAACGUCUUGUGCCCAAGAUGACAAUCCCAGAGCCUCCUCUCCAAACAGAGCCACCCAACGGGACAACCCCAAAACAUCCUGUGCCCAACGUGACAAUCCUAGAGCCUCCUCUCCAAAUAGAGCCACCCAACGGGACAACCCCAGAACUUCUUGUGCCCAACAGAGUAACCCCAGAACUUCUUCUAUCCAACAAGACAAACCUAAACCCUCUUGCACACUACGGGAUAACCCCAGAACAUCUUGUUCCCAACGGGCCAACCCAUACUCCUCUUCCUUGCAGCAGAACACCUCUGGAACCUCUCCGCCUCGAAGCUGCACCCAAAAGGACAAUCCUGGAUCAUUGUCUCCCCAUCGCUCCACUCAACGGAGCAAUCCUAGGAAUUCCUCUCCCCACCGUACUAACAAAGAUAUCCCCUGGGCCUCCUUUCCUCUCCGGCCAACCCAGAGUGAUGGUCCCCGAACCUCUUCCCCAUCUCGCUCCAAGCAAAGUGAGGUUCCCUGGGCAUCCAUUGCCCUCCGGCCAACCCAGGGUGACAGGCCUCAGACCUCAUCUCCCACCAGACCAGCCCAGCAUGACCCUCCCCAGGCCUCUGGCCCCGCCCAGCACAACUCACCAGCCCAGGCCAUCUCCUCCUCCUCCCAUAACCCGGGCCACCACAGUGUCCCCCGGAUGUCUUACCCUCUGCACCCCACUACUCGGGGUGCAACCCAGACCUCUUCUGAGCCUUCUCAGCCUCUAUGUGCCGUGUGCAUUGGGCACCGGGAUGCCCCGCGAGCCUCUUCUCCUCCUCGCUAUUUGCAACAUGACCCUUUUCCCUUCUUUCCAGACCCCCAAGUGUCAGAGAGCGAAUCGCCCCACCACGAACCCCCCUAUUUACCACCUGCCGUGUGCAUCGGACACCGGGAUGCCCCCCGGGCUUCCUCACCCCCACGCUACUCCCAGUUUGACCCCUUCCCCUUCCUCCCAGACACACCAGAGGCCGAGAAUCCGUCCCCUCAGCAUGACCCUCCUCAGUUCCCCCCACCCGCGUGUAUUGGGUACCGCGAUGCCCCCCGGGCCUCCUCCCCACCACGCCAGGCUCCGGAACCCUCUCUCUUGUUCCAGGAUCUCCCCAGGGCUAGCACCGAGAGCCUUGUGCCCUCUACAGACUCUUGGCACGAGCCUCCCCGCCUCCCGACCCCGGUGUGCAUCGGGCACCGGGACGCCCCCUCCUUCUCGUCCCCACCACGCCAGGCCCCAGAGCCCUCUCUCUUCUACCAGGAGCCCCCGGGGACCAGUAUGGAGAGUCUGGCCCCCUCCACCGACUCUCUGCAUGGCUCCCCAGUGCUACCCCCGCAAGUGUGCAUUGGGCACCGGGACGCGCCUCGAGCCUCCUCCCCGCCCCGCCGCCCCCCCAGUGACCUAGCGCUCCUGGCACCCUCACCUCCGCCGGGCAGCUCGGGGGGCUCGCGGGGCUCGGUGCCCCCUGGGGAGACCAGGCACAACCUGGAGAGGGAGGAGUACACCGUGCUGGCUGACCUGCCCCCGCGCAGGAGGCUGGUGCAGAGGGAGCCGGGGCCCCAGGCGCAGCGCAGCCCCGGGGGCCGCACCCGCAGCCCCGGCCGCGCCGAGGUGGAGCGUCUCUUCAGGCAAGAGCGCAGGAAGUCCGAGGCACCAGGGGCCUCGCAGGCCCGGGACGAGGGGCGGUCGCCGCGGUCCGGCCAAGGUCAGAGCCAGCUUCUCCGAAGACAGUCCAGCCCCGCCCUCGGCAGGGAGGUGACCAAGCCCCCUCCGAAGCAGGCAGACCCGGCCCGGCAGAGCCCAGCCGAGCUCCCUCACCCCAGGAGCCCCGAGAAGCGCCCUGAGGGAGACCGAUGGCUCCAGAGGUCCUCACCGCCCCCCAGAACAGCCAGGACCCCUGAGAGGGAGCGGCGGACAGAGAGACCUCUGGAGAGUGGCCGGCUAGGCCCAAGGCAGCCUCUGGGGGGGUGGCCGAGCCAGGAGGAGUCCUCAGGGUCCCGGGGCCCUCACAGACACCUGGCGAGGGACUGGAGCAGCCAGGAGGGGGCCCCAGGCCCUGGGGGCUGGCGAAGUCUUGGGAACCUCAGCCGAGAGGCCACCAGGGCUCCUGAGGGAACAUGGAGGGGCCCUCCCAGGGAGUCUGAGAAGAGCUGGGGGCAGCGGGCAGGGACCUGGGAGGAGCUCCCCAGGAAUGGGCUGCGGGAGCCCCUCGAGAGCCCUCCAGAGAGCUCCUGGGGAGGCCCUGCAGAGUUCUCGCAAGCCCAUCAGCCCCACACACCCUGGGGUGCAGAGGGGCCGUGCCCACACCCGCGCUGCUCCAAGAGGCGACCUGAGCUCAACUGGAGGGACCUGGUGGCCCUCCUCCAGGCACCCCGCAUAGAGGAGCCGCUCCUCACCUCCCGCCUCCCCACGCUGGCCUGGGAAGGCCUCCUGGAGCUCCUGCAGGCCCGGCUGCCUCGCAAAGACCCCGCCGGACAUUGGGGUGCUUCAGGGCCAGAGCAGGAGUCCCCGGGCACAAAGGGAGCCCCAGAGCAAGAGCGACACGGCCGGCCCGACGGCUGGGCCAAGGCCAACCUGGUCAACGGACACAGCCCAGUGCAGGGGCCCCAGAGCCCAGCCCGGCCGCUCAGCCCAGCCUGCACCUCCACCCAGUGGCCAAAGACCGAAGUGACGAGUGGAACGGAGACCUCGACGGUGGCUGCUCUGGAGGAGCAGGGCCGGCUGGCAGUCGGGAGCCCUGCAGAGGGCCCCAGGGUGCCAGAGCAGGAGUUCCAACCAGAGGAGCCUGAGGAGUCAGAACCAAGAAGAGGUCAAGACUCCCUGAGUGACCAGAAGCAGGCAGACUCGGCAGACAAGCGGCCAGCAGAGGGCAAGGCCAGGAGCCCACUCAGGGGCCGACUGGUGACCUCAUGGCGGAUGCCCGGGGACCAGCCCACGCUGUUCAAUCCGUUCCUGCUGUCUCUGGGGGUCCUCAGGUGGCGAAGGCCCGAUCUGCUCAACUUCAAGAAGGGAUGGAUGUCAAUCUUGGACGAGCCCGGAGAGCCUCCCUGCCCCUCGCUCACCACCACCUCUCCUCCACAGUGGAAGAAACAUUGGUUUGUGCUGACAGACUCCAGCCUCAAGUAUUACAGGGACUCCACUGCUGAGGAGGCAGAUGAACUGGAUGGCGAGAUCGACCUGCGCUCCUGCACGGAUGUCACGGAGUACCCGGUGCAGCGCAACUAUGGCUUCCAGAUCCACACCAAGGACACCAUCUACACCUUGUCGGCCAUGACGUCAGGCAUCCGGCGGAACUGGAUCGAGGCUCUGAGGAAGACCGUGCGUCCAACUUCAGCCCCAGAUGUUACCAAGCUCUCGGACCGUAAUAAGGAGAACACACUGCACAGCUACGGCACUCCGAAGGGCUCCCUGAAGGCGGGCGAGCAGCGGACAGGCUCGGAGGUCAUUGGACGGGGCGGCCCGCGGAAGACGGAUGGGCAGCGGCAGUCCCUGGAUUAUGUGGAGCUCUCCCCGCUGACUCAGGGCUCCCCGCAGCGGGCCCGCGCCCCUGCCCGCGCCCCUGACCGCCUGGCCAAGCAGGAGGAACUGGAGCGGGACCUGGCCCAGCGCUCCGAGGAGCGACGGAAGUGGUUCGAGGCCACGGACGGCAAGGCCACGGAGACAGCGCCUGGGGAGGGGCCACGCCGGGGCUUGGGCGCCCCUCUGACCGAGGACCAGCAGAGCCGGCUCAGUGAGGAGAUCGAGAAGAAAUGGCAGGAGCUGGAGAAGCUGCCGCUGCGGGAGAACAAGAGGGUGCCUCUCGCCGCUCUGCUCAACCAAAACCGCGGGGAGCGCCGGGGGCCCACGAGUGAUAGUCACGAGGCCCUGGAAAAGGAGGUCCAGUCUCUUCGCUCCCAGCUGGAGGCAUGGCGUCUGCGAGGGGAGGCACCUCAGGAUGCACCCAGACCCCAGGAGGAUGGCCACACACCCCCAGGCUACAUCUCACAGGAGGCGUGCGAGCGCAGCCUUGCAGAGAUGGAAUCCUCGCAUCAGCAGGUGAUGGAGGAGCUGCAGCGGCACCAUGAGCGGGAGCUGCAGCGGCUACAGCAGGAGAAGGAGUGGCUCCUGGCCGAGGAGACAGCGGCCACGGCCUCCGCCAUCGAAGCCAUGAAGAAGGCCUACCAAGAGGAGCUGAACCGGGAGCUGAGCAAGACUCGGAGUCUCCAGCAGGGCCCGGAUGGUCUCCGGAAGCAGCACCAGUCAGAUGUGGAGGCACUGAAGCGGGAGCUGCAGGUGCUGUCGGAGCAGUACUCGCAGAAGUGCCUGGAGAUUGGGGCCCUGACACGGCAGGCCGAGGAGCGGGAGCACACGCUGCGGCGCUGCCAACAGGAGGGCCAGGAGCUGCUGCGCCACAACCAGGAAUUGCACACCCGCUUGUCGGAGGAGAUUGACCGGCUGCGCAGCUUCAUUUCCUCACAGGGCACAGGCAAUGGCUGUGGGCGCAGCAACGAGCGGAGCUCCUGUGAGCUGGAGGUGCUGUUGCGAGUGAAGGAGAAUGAACUUCAGUACCUGAAGAAAGAGGUGCAGUGUCUCCGGGACGAGCUCCAGGUGAUGCAAAAAGACAAGCGCUUCACCUCGGGCAAAUACCAGGACGUGUAUGUGGAGCUGAACCACAUCAAGACGCGGUCGGAGCGGGAGAUCGAGCAGCUGAAGGAGCACCUCCGCCUGGCCAUGGCUGCCCUGCAGGAGAAGGAGUCCAUGCGCAACAGCCUGGCAGAGUAGAGGUCCCUGAGGUCCAGUCCAGCUGGAGACCCUCCACCCUCCAAGCCCCGGGGACCAGUCUCCCUCCCUCCCUGCUGGAUGGAAGCCAGAAGCCAAGCUUUCUCCCCACCCUCUGUGGGCCGCAUGUGUACUCACACCCAUCACACACACACACACACCACACACACACACGCAUGCACACAUGCACACACACUCUGCAUAUCUGAGCGUGCCCUUCGCACUGGGUCUUAACCUUGCACCUUUUUCAGGAUUUUAUAUGUGAAGAGAUUUUUAUAUAGAUUUUUUUUCCCUUUUUUUUCCAAAACACUUUAUACUUUUCAAAAAAGCAAUUCUUGGUGGCUGUGUGCCUCGAACACUGGCUCCCCCGCUCCAUCCAUGCCUCGCUUGGGCUUCGGGCCGUGGCCCUGCUCCAAGGACCUAGCGGAGGCCCGGGCAGCAGCCGAGGCGAGGUUGCCUCUGCUGGGGAGAGGUGGGAGCCAGCCACCCCCUCUCUACCCCACCUCCCACUAACUGCUUCCUGCCCCGAGUGGACCCAUAUCCUGGGCUCUGGAGGGAGGGCCAGGUGGGUGGAGGGGGCUGACAGCUGUCCCCGUGGCCCCACCUUCUCUUCUGAAGGUGUUUCUCUCCUGCUCCGUAAACCUACCUAACUUAAUAAAAUGUUCCAACAGCU